ACGUUAGAUGUAUUUUUGGCUUUAGCUUCUCCGACACUCAGCAGAGAGCUUGGUGUCGCGGUCAAGCUAACUAGCUAAUUAGCCAGCAAGUUGUGAUAAUUCCUGCUGACCGGCGACACACAGCUAGCUACUAGCUUACCCCAGUUUAGCUCGUUUCAGCUUUUCUUCUGGGACAAGACACACAUAAAUUAACAUUUGGCUCUGUGGACACAGAUAACCAGCUGUGAUCACUUGGACUUUUGUCUCUUCCGGUUGUAGCUGGUUACUGUGGUUGUACUGGGAGGACUGGUAAUGGGGUGCAGGGUUGUCUUCGGGGUUCAGCGGCCUCUUCCCGUCCGGCUUACGCUGCUGUCGCUGGUCCUGGUCACGCUGCUGGUGGCGGUUUGGACGGAGGGCCAAGACUACUACACUCUUCUGGGAGUCAACAGGGAGGCCACGACUAGAGAGAUCCGACAGGCCUUCAAGAAGCUGGCGCUCACCAUGCACCCCGACAAAAACCCUGGCGACCCCUCGGCCCACGAGAAGUUCCUGCAGGUGAAUCGAGCCUACGAGGUUCUGAAGGACGAAGACCUCAGGAAGAAAUAUGAUAAAUAUGGAGAGAAGGGAUUGGACGAGCAGCAGGGAGGACGCUACGAGAGCUGGAACUUCUACCGCUAUGACUUUGGAAUCUAUGACGAUGAUUUGGAGAUCAUCACGUUGGACAGCGGAGAUUUUGAAGCAGCAGUGAACUCUGGAGAAAUCUGGUUCAUUAACUUCUAUUUCCCACGAUGCUCGCACUGUCACCAACUGGCUCCAACGUGGAGGGAGUUUGCCAAGGAGAUGGACGGCGUGAUCCGGAUCGGAGCGGUGAACUGUGGAGACAACAACCAUCUCUGCAGGAGGAAAGGCAUCAACAGCUACCCCAGUCUGUUCAUAUACAGAGCAGGACAGAAACCAGAGAAGUUUAACUGGGAGCGCUCCAAAGACAACCUGGUCCGCUUCUCCAUGCAGUUCAUCACGACGACUGUGACUCAGCUGUGGCAGGGAAACGUGUUCAGCGAGAUAGAGAGUGCGUUCUCGUCGGGCCUCGGCUGGCUGAUCACCUUCUGCUCUGACACCGGAGAUUGCCUGGAGCCCAGAACAAGACAGAAGCUGGCAGGAAUGUUGGACAGUCUGGUUAAAGUGGGAUGGAUGGACUGCACCGCACAGGAGCAGCUCUGUGACAGUUUCCAGGUGACCAGUGGAGCCACGGCUUUGUUCCCACCUGGAAGUUCUCUGGAUAAAGAAGGCAGCGUCCUGUGGCUGAACACUCUGGACAGUAAAGAGAUUUACACUCAGGUCAUCAACCAUCUGCCUGAUCUGGAGCUGCUGACCACUGACAGCUUCCAGAGGAAGCUGUCACGUCAUCGCUGGUUGGUCAGUUUCACGUUUGGAGACAGAAGCUCCGCCUCCAACGAGUACAAGAAGCUACAGGCUUUUCUCAGGAACGACCACAUACAGGUCGGCAGAGUCGACUGUUCAGCCGACUCAGAGUUGUGUCAGUCUCUCUACAUCCAGAAACCCUGCGUGGCGGUCUUCAAGGGACUGGGGAUCCACGACUUUGAGAUCCACCACGGUAAAGAUGUGUUGUACAACAUCGUGGGUUUUGCGAGGGACAGUGUUCGCGCUCACGUGACGACUCUGAGGCCCGACAACUUCCCCGCAGACAGGAAGGAGCCCUGGCUCGUCGACUUCUUCGCUCCGUGGUGUCCUCCGUGCAGAGCGUUACUGCCUGAACUGAGAAAAGCUUCCAUUCAGUUGGCUGGACAGAUGAAGUUUGGCACUCUGGACUGUACCAUCCACCACAACCUCUGCUCCAUGUAUAACAUCCAGGCGUACCCCACCACGGUGAUCUUCAACGGCUCCUCUGUUCAUGAAUACGAAGGACAACAUUCAGCGGACGGCAUCCUGGAGUUCAUCCAGGAUCUGGUCAGUCCGUCUGUGCUGGUCCUGGAUCCGUCCAGCUUCGCCGAGAGAGUUAAAGGUCGAGCUGAAGGGCAGAUCUGGGCGGUGGAUUUCUACGCUCCGUGGUGUGGUCCCUGUCAGGCUCUGAUGCCUGAGUGGAGACGCAUGGCCAGGAUGCUGUUGGGUCAGAUCCUGGUCGGUUCAGUCGACUGUCAGAGGUUUCAGUCGUUCUGUCAGACUCAAGGUGUGAGGGCGUACCCCGAAGUCCGGCUGUAUCCUGGCAACGCCCGGCAGCCAGAUCGCUUCACGAGUUAUAAUGGUUGGCACAGAGACGCUCAUUCACUGAGAACAUGGGCACUGAGUUCUUUACCCAGGGUGUCGGUGGACCUGACUCCAGACUCCUUCAGGUCUCUGGUUCUGUCGGGUCAGGAUCACUGGGUUCUGGAUUUUUACGCCCCCUGGUGUGGACCCUGUCAACACUUCGCCCCAGAGUUUGAGGUCCUGGCUCGGAUUCUUAAAGGGGAGGUCCGGGCAGGGAAGGUGGACUGUCAGGCUCAUUAUCAGACCUGUCAAUCAGCCGGAAUCACCGCCUACCCAACCGUCAGAUUUUACCCAUACAGGGGAUCAAGGAGGCAUGAACACAGCGGGGAGCACAUCAACAGCCGGGAUGCUAACGUGAUUGCUGACACCAUCAGACAGCGACUACAACAGCUGUUGCCACGGUUACACAGCACACCAAAGGACGAGCUCUAAUGAAAACAAGACCAGCGAUCUCAUUGGUCAGGGAGGAACAGAAGUGGAUUUGAUUGGACCGGCUUGGUGAUUGGUCGUUAAACACACCUGGAUGAGACCACAGCUGUAACACAGACAGGCAGAAAGACACUGACUGUUACCUGCUGUGUUGAAUGUACUGAACACUUCUGCCUUGUUUUUAUUUUGUUUUUAUUUCGUCUCCAUCGUUCGUAUUUACUCUAUGAAGUAAAACUGUGGGACACUGUAUACUGGACAUGUUACUGACACACACACACAGACACACACACACACACAGAGCCAGAUGUUGACAUAGUGUUGUAUUUUAUUGUUCAUGUAGAAACUGUUGGACUUUCAGAAUAAAAUGGUGUUUCUGUUAAAAACAUUUCAACAGUCACAUCAGUUUUUCAACCUGA